CAUUGACAUUUCUUAUUUGCAUUUUGUUGUUGUUAUUCGUGGGAGUGUUUUAUUGUUGAUAUAUUAUUAAAAUAAUAAAUGUGUGAAUGUAUAUUUAUGAUAAAUAAAACUAAAUACAUAUUUGUCUAUCAUGUUAAUAAGUUGAUCAAGAAUUAGGCUUUUUAGAGUAUGUUAUAGAGAAUUUUAAAAUCUGUUGAAUGCAAACUGCAUCGCCAACGAUUUUAACACCUUUCUGAAUUAAAAUAAGCUUAAUAACUAGUACUACGACAUGGGAGACGUACAAGUGUGUCGUAUUUGUCUUAACAUGGGUGUAGCAAUGCAGGACCUGUUGGCUUACCCCUUAGAAACUUAUUUUGCAUCAUUCAUGAUAGAGAGCAAGCCAGUACACACUGAAUUACCUCCAUACGCCUGCUAUGAGUGUGCAGCACUCCUGAAGAAGUAUCAUAUGUUCAAGCAGAAGUGUCUGCAAAGUCAGGGUCUGCUGUCUUCCAUGAUUGAUGAUUGUGGAAAGAUUACACCACCACAAAUAAAAUCAAUCAACCGACAGAACCUUCUAGCAGUUUCUAAAGUCACUCAAAUUGACAUUGAAGAAACCACAAAUACACUCAACAUUGACUUUCCUUACACAUACAUAGUAGAAGAAACUACAAACUUUUUAAACAUAGACCAACCAAACUUCAUGGUUGAAAAUAUUAAGAAAGAGGACCAUGAUGACACGGAGGUACCUGAUGAAAUUACUCCUGGUAUAUCUAGUGAUGAGGAAGAAUCUGAGAGUAUGGGGAAGAAGUUACGAGAUUUGGAGAAGGUUGAUAUUUGUGUGAAGAUGGACUUGCAGGAGUCUGAUGAUCAAGAGCUCCCAAUAACCACAGCUGAUGUAAAAAGGCAGCCGCUCCGUAAAUCGCGGGCCACAGCAAAGAAGCAAGGCAGACUAAAGAGGAAUAGCACUAGAGUUACUAAAAAGAGGUCGACUGAAGUGAAGGACGAUAGCCUCUGUGAAGACGAGGGUUUAGAUGAUAUUACUGUUGUUACUUUGUCGCUAGAAGAGCAGUUGGAAGAGAUAAACAAACGCAAGCAGUCGUCCAACUAUCUGAACUGUCCUUACCAGUGCCACUUGUGUUAUAAAGGGUUCAAUAAAACCCUCACGUGGAAACAUCAUCUUAGUAAACAUUCGCCGAACGCCGGAGAUAUAGAGUGCAAUAUCUGUAAAUAUAGAUUUAAAACGAAAAGGAAUUUACAACGACAUGCUCUGAACCACGGCAAGAAAUAUCUCUGUAACUUAUGUUCAUACAACUCUAGUAAUAUUACCACGGUGAAGCAGCAUCAAGGAUCACACAAGGGCGUGACUCAUAAGUGCAACUUUUGUGAUGAAGUUUUCACAGUUCGAACAACAUACGUCUGUCAUAUGCGUAUCAAACAUCCUUCUGAGAACAUCUGCGGUUACUGCGGCUACUCGUUCUACAGUCAACGCGGACUCAUCGUGCACAAGAACAUGGUGCAUAAGGACGUUGAUGUGAGUUGUGAUUUAAACCUUAUGUCUUUGUAA